UCACUCGCGAGGGAAUGAAUGAAGCGUCAUCCUUCAGCAGCAGCGCGAGGCCUCAUUGCUGCACGCUCUGCCCUCUCGCUGGUUGAAUAUUUACAAAAGCCACAUCUUUGAAAUAAAACACUUUAAAAGCCAAGACGAUGUGGAACACUGGAGCGGUGAGUUUUGUUCUUAUUUCGUGCUUUGUCUGCGCGUCGGUGCGCGCGGAAGGGCUGGUGAACGAGGAUGUGAAGCGCGCUGUGGAUCUGAGCACUCACCUCGCGAAAAUCUCCGCCGAGAUCCAGCUCGCGAAUCAUGGCCACGCGAGCGCGCAGACCUUCACGCUGGCGCUGGAGCCCGAGCUCGCGCCUCACAUCGCAUUCAUCGGUGCAUCUGUAAAAGGAGAGGAAGAGGAGGAUGAAGCCCUGGAGCUGAAAGAGAUAAACAUCCGUGGACAAAGUGGUAAAUUCUUCGAGGCGCGGUUGCCGUCUCCUCUGGCUGCGGGCGGUAAGCUGCGGGUGAAGGUCGAGACCGUGUUCAGUCACGUGCUGAAACCUUUCCCCACCCACAUCACCCAGGCAGAAAGACAGCUGGUUGUCUUCCAGGGGAACCACUACCUGUACUCGCCCUACCCCACCCGCUCUCAGACCACCCGUGUCCGCCUGGCCUCCAAAACCUCGGAGAGCUACACUAAACUGGGCAACCCCACAAAGAGCGAUGAAGUUAUUGAAUACGGACCAUUCAAAGAUGUUGCACCUUUCAGCCAGGACACGAUGAAGAUCCACUAUGAGAACAACACACCUUUCCUGACCAUCAGCAGUAUCACCCGCACCAUUGAGGUCUCUCACUGGGGUAACAUUGCUGUGGAGGAAACCAUCGACCUGAGACACACCGGUGCUUUCCUGAAGGGUCCCUUCUCCCGCUAUGACUACCAGAGACAGUCUGAUAGCGGCAUCUCCUCUGUCAAAUCCUUCAAGACCAUCCUCCCAGCCUCUGCUCAAGACGUCUACUACCGCGACGAGAUCGGAAACAUCUCCACUUCCCACCUUCAGGUUCUCGAAGAUUCUGUGGAGGUUGAAAUUCGUCCCCGUUUCCCUCUGUUUGGUGGCUGGAAGUCACAUUACAUGAUUGGUUACAAUCUUCCCAGCUACGAGUACCUCUACAACCUUGGUGACCAGUACGCUUUGAAGAUGCGUCUGGUCGAUCACGUCUACGACGAUCAGGUUAUUGAUCAACUGACUGUCAAGCUGAUCCUUCCAGAAGGAGCCAGAAACAUCCACAUGGACACGCCAUACUUCAUAAACCGUAGUCCGGAUGAGCUGCAUUAUACUUACCUGGACACUUUCGGCAGACCCGUGCUGGUGGCCACCAAAAACAAUCUUGUGGAGCAGCACAUUCAGGAUGUUGUGGUUCACUACACCUUCAAUAAGAUCCUGAUGCUGCAGGAGCCAUUAUUGGUGGUGGGGGCUUUCUACAUCCUCUUCUUCACUGUCAUCAUCUAUGUGCGCCUCGACUUCUCGAUCACCAAGGAUCCGGCAGCGGAGGUGCGCAUGAAAGUGGCCUCCAUCACCGAGCAGGUCUUAACUUUGGUGAACAAGCGUCUGGGUCUGUAUCGCCAUAUGGAUGAAGUUGUGAAUCGUUACAAGCAGUCCCGUGAUACCGGCGCUCUAAACAGCGGUCGCAAGUCCCUUGAGGCGGAUCACCGUACCCUCACCAAUGACAUCACAGCACUGCAGACCAGACUCAAAUCAGAGGGCUCCGAUCUGGCUGAAAAGGUGGGAGAGAUACAGAAGCUGGACGGCCAGCUGAAAGAGCUGGUGUGCCGUUCCUGUCAGGAGGCCGAGCGGCUGGUGGCCGGCAAGGUGAAGAAGGAAGCCUACAUUGACUUGGAUAAAACCCUGUCGAGCAAGAGGAAAGAUCUUGUCAGCCGCAUCGACAGCCUGCUGGACGCCUUGUAAUCAGACCUCAGAUGUUUUCAAGAAGGCCACGAAACACCGCCCUCCCAAACCAUCGCACCCGCUCAGUGCAAAUCAGACUGACAUACAAACAAAACCAUUCUGUGAACAUCAUUUUCGGUGCCUUUGUGGGAUGAAAUUUUAAAAGGUUUUCACAGGACAAAAAUUGCGCAGGAUGUGCAUGUUGUGUUGCUGAAUGUGUGCGGUUGUGUAAGAGGGUUUUUUGUGUUCUGCAGAAUCGUUCAUUUUGUUUUUCAAGUUGCUGAAUGUCAGAUGCAGUCUUCGUUCUUACAAUCCAGCAAAGCAGUUCUGAUUCCCAUUCGUUUGCAUAUUGGAGUCAGAUUUGAUUUGAAAUCAGUUUUUGCACUUAUGUUUCCAAAAAAAUAUUCCCCGUCGCUGAUCAUCGCUGAUUCAGAUUUGUUCAUGCAAAUUUUCUAUUUGGUUUUUAGUUCACACAUUUUUGUAUGAUUUAGAAUUUUUGUAAAUGUACUUCGGUUCCAUGGUGAAUGGCAAAAGGAGAUUGAUUUUUGUAUGUCAUGGGUAAAAUAUGACAUUUUCAAUCCAUUAAUAAACAAGGUGUGUAAA